UGCCUGUGCUGCUGUCCUUGGCCACCAUCGGUCAGCCCUUUCCAAAGGUCAUUUGGUGCUUGCCUCCCCUGCUCAGCGCUGGCCCACAGCCAUUCCCACCAUUCCUGGUCCUGCAGCCUUCUUCACUUGUUUCUAUUGUCUCCUUCCCAAGGAGCCUGAAAGGAAAAGAGGAAACUCCAGUCUUAUUGGUUCCUAAUGGGAGCUCUGCUCUGGAUGCUGGUGGCAGAUAGCAGCAGGAGCAGGCAAGUCUGUGCAGUGCAAUUGCUUGCACAGGUGAUUACACCCUCAAGAACGUCUGCUACAGCAGGUCUGACUCCAACACCACCCAAAUCCACACCCAGCACGCUUACUUCUCAUGGGGGCCAUAGUCUGGCCACUACGAUGGAAAGAAACAUCAUUGCUUUCUCCCCUCCAUGCUCUGUGUCAUCUUCCAAACCCGGGGCCCCUUCACUACCUUCCAUGUAUUUUUUUGGUGAUCACCAAAUGUGGAAGCACUCAAUACCCAGGCAAUAGGCAGUUCUGUCCCCUCUGCCAGGCUGAGCAACAGAUAUGUCCCACUGGGCACAUCCAGAUGGGAUGGACCCAUCCCCACAACUUUCCUCUGGGUAAUACAGGAGACACACAACCUCACGUGCCAAAAAGUCAGAGACCUCUUGAUCCUCCUGAGACCCUGGCUCUGUUUGGGGCAGGCGAGGGGCCAGAGCUGGUGCUGGCACUGUCCCCAUCCCCGUGGGCGCCCGGAGCCACACCCUGAGCUGUGCCUGGCUCCUCUUCACGCCGAGCAGGCGGCAAUCCUGCCAUGUGUCACCACCCGGCGCGGAGGCUGCGGGGAUGGCUGCGCUGGCUCGGAGCGUCCUGGUGACGGGGUCCAACCGGGGUAUCGGGCUGGAGCUCGUGCGGCAGCUCGCCGCCAGCCCCUGGCCCCCUCAGCACAUCUUUGCCACCUGCCGCGACCCCGAGGGUCCAAGAGGGAAGGCCCUGAAAGAAUUAGCUGCCCAGCACACCAGCAUCAAACUGGUCCAGCUAGACACAGUGAACCUGCCCAGCAUCCGAGGGGCCGUGGGGGCUGUGGGGUCUCAUCUGAAGGACCAGGGCUUGAACCUGCUCAUCAACAACGCAGGUGUCAGCUCACACGCCACGCUGCGCUCCGUGGAUCCCCAGGAGAUGAUCGCCGUGUUUGCCACCAACGUGGUUGGGCCACUGCAGGUUACCAAGGAAUUCCUGCCGCUCCUGGAGCAGGCGGCGAAGGACAAAGGGAAGGAGGGGCUGAGCUGCGGCAGGGCCGCGGCCAUCAACAUCUCCACCAAACUGGCAUCCCUCGGGCUGUGCCUCGGGGUGCCGGAGGCCCCCAUGUACCCGUACCGUGCCAGCAAGGCUGCCCAGAACAUGGUGACAAGGUGCUUGGCUGCGGAGCUCCAGGACAAGGGGAUCUUGUGUGUGGCCAUCCAUCCUGGCUGGGUGAAGACUGACAUGGGGACGGAGAAGGCACCGCUGACGGUGGAGCAGAGCGUGCGGGGCAUCCUGACCGUGCUGGCCAGCCUCUCACAGGACGCCUCCGGAGCCUUCCUCGACUGGGAAGGAAACUGCCUGCCCUGGUGAUGGACAGAUGGAUGGUUUCUCUUGCCCACACAGCAGCCUCCCGCUUGCUGACUCACCCCUCUGAGUGGUCACCCUGCUUGCCCUCAGCCCAUCCUGGGCUGUCAGGGAGAGGGGAAGGGAUUGGGAAGCAAGUUCUCUCCCCUUCCCCAUCCUCUGCAUGACCCUGUAGUCUCUCUGUACCCCCCAUCUCAGUAAAGUCUGUGAGCUAAUGUCUCUCUGCUCUGUCUCCACACACCCAGCCUCAAACUCCCCACCCGAGCCCGGCACAUGCUCGCUGUGCACUUCCCAAGUGCUGUGUGUCUGUCUGUCCCACCUGUGACCAGGCAUCCCCCAGCUGAGGGGAGAGGGCAGCUGGUCCCCAUGACCCCCAGCCCCUUGGGCAGCCCAGGCUGAGCACAGCCCUAGGGUGCCCUGCAGCUGGAGAGGGGGAAAGCCAGCCCUGCAGGUGUUCAGAAGAUCUUUUGACUCUAUGGAAGGGCCUCUGCCCUGGCUUCUCCAGUGCCUCCUGGAGGAGAGGUCUCCAGAGGGUUGUUACAGUGCCAUGGGACCUGCAUGUUGUCACUCAUGAGAGUGCAACGACAGCCAUGGAUCUGGUGGCAGUUGUGGGAUUGAGGAGUGGGGCAACCAGGAAGGGGCCACCCCAUGAGCUGGCAAUGCACAGCAGAGCUGAGGGC